GUCUUAUCUUUGUUACUGUUUGUUGUCUCGUCAGUCAGUUAACAACCGCCAUGUUUUAUUUUGACUUCUUGCAAUGUUUUUGGUAGAGACAUUUUUGUUGGCCGAUGAUGAAUCGUUAAAUGCCACAGAAUGGCUGAUUGCUGCUGAUCAUUUUCUAUACUUAAAGUGGUCCAUUGCUGAUCUGAUUACUCAUGUUUUUCAGCAAUAAACCCUUGUGUCAUUUAAAAGGUGCCAUCAUCAACUUAAUCAUCAAAAUAAACAAAGAAAUUAUUGUUUUCUUCAAACCUUUCUUUUAAAUCUUGUACGCUGAUCUUUAAAAUGAUGUAAUAUGAAAAAUUCCUUCAUCUGUUGACAUAAAUUUAUUAGUCGACAGUUGUUUUUUUUCUAUUGUUAGAUCUCCAUCUGAAAGUAUCAUUUUUAUCAAGUUUAAAAAUUGACAUCGAAGGAUACCUGCUGAAAUCUGUUCAACUUGGAUUAGAUCUGAUUAAAUAUUUCAUAUUAUGGUCUACUGCUUAACAUAAAAUGGUUAAUCUAUCAUCUUCUCAAGCCACAUCGCUUUCUGAAUUCAUAGCGUCAACUCAUCAAGACUCAGUUGCUAUUAGUUCUUUCUCCUGUGCAAAUUAUUUUUAUUCUUGUGAUUAUUCAAUGGAUAGUAUUUGUGAUCUAAUAAUGAAUCCUGACGGUCAAGACUCAAAUCCUUUCAUGUUUCAAUUGAGUUCUUCUACUUUUUUAUCUCAAGCUUCAUCGCCAUCACCAAUCGAUCAUGUUCGAGUUGAAUUAAUUGGUCAGCCUGAUGAAUUUCCUCCCUUUUCAGGAAAUAGUGCCCUCUUUGAAGAAUUUAAUGAUGUUAAUCUAACACCUGCCUUUUCUGUUGAAGACGAAGGUGAUGAUACCAGUGAAAAUGCCAAAGAAAAUAUUUCCGCUCAUGGACUUCUGAUGACUUGUUUGAAUCAGCUCUCAAAAGAUGGUGAUUUUAGACGUUCCCAGUCCUUGUCUCUCUCUCAAAGAUCUCAAAAUCAAAAUUCACAAAGAUCUCAAGAUAAUAUUUUUCAAUUAAAAUCAUUGGACAACUCAAAGAAUCAAAGUUUUGAUAAUUUUUCUCAGCCACAAGCGUUUUCUAGUUCCUAUGGAUCAUCCCAUGGUUCAAUCGGUGGAUUUAAUGAAUCUCAAAACUUACCUGCCUCUCAACCCUCAACUAGUCAGGAAGGCUCUUGUUGCAAGAAACAUUUGAAAUACUUCCAGAAACCGGCCAAAAGUGGCAAAAAGCAAAUAAUUGAGGAUUGUAUCAUUGAUAUUCAUGCUUUAUAUUCUUCGACCCACAAUGGAUAUCUGAAACCACCUUUUUCACAUAACAUGCUAUGUGCCUUAGCUAUCUGUAGUGUUCCUACUCGUCAACAAGAAGUAUCUGAAGUUUAUAGAUUUUUAAUGGCUUGUUUUCCUUACUUCAAAAUUGCUGGUCAACAUUGGAAAAAUUCCUUAAGACACAGUCUAGCUACCUGUGAUUGGUUUGCUAAAUCAGAUAGCCCAAGAACUGCCAAGAAAGGGUAUAAAUACACCAUAAGAUUGAGUAAAAAGAAUUGCUUAAAGUGCGAAAUCAAGAAACAAUGCGUUUUUGAUUUGACAAAGCUUCAUUAUCGAUUAUCAGGCCCAACCGUUUGUGAAUUUCUAAUCAACAUGGGUUUGAUUUCAUUGAGUCACGAAAAACUCGCCGAGCUUCGACAAAAGAAUAGGGAAUUCUAUACUUCAUUUCCCGAUGGAAUCAAAAUUGAAAAUCCUGAAGAAUAAUGGCUGCUGGAGCUUCAUGAGUUUAUAUUCAAUCAUUCCUGUUUCAAUUUUUAAUAUCCUUAAAAAUUCUAAUAUUCUUCUAUUAACAAUUUUCCUGGUAGAUACUAAAAAGCUAUCUAUCUAUAUUUUCUGACCUUUUUUG